UGUGUGAGAUUGUGGCGACUGGCGAAGUGGUAUCAAGUCUAGUGCUAGUCAACUUUCUACUUUCACUGAUAGAUUGAAACUCUUGGCCCAUUGCAGCUCGAUCUUUCCUCAAGUGGUUUUUCGAAGUGGAUUGUGUUUUGCGCGACGAACCUGCUGCAUUCGACGUGUCAUCCUUCCUCAUCCUCAUCCCAUCAGUGUUGUUUUUGAUUCGCGUCCGUUAGCCCUUAUCUCUUCGCGUGCGCUGUGUUAGUGUGUUUACCCUGGAGCAAGUGAAGAGUAUCUGAUGAUAAAAAUCGGCGUAGCGAUUACGUGAUAAAAACCCAGCUCCGAGACACUGUCGCGAGUCACGCCCGUCGCCUUUCAGUUAAUUUUCACCCUUAGCCUGUGUUUCGAACGCUCAAGUUUCUAUCUCACACCGGCAAUUUAACGUGCGUAGCUUGUAGGUAUCACGUUAUCGUUUUUCGGCACCUAACCGGUCGGUCCAAAGAAGUGUUUUAAUUUUCUGCAAUUUCAUCGCACCGAAACUUUACGAUGUCGAAGAUCAAGGCAGGACCUGUUGUCGACAUCCUGGGUGAUGAGAUGACAAGAAUCAUUUGGGACUUGAUCAAGGAGAAGUUGAUCCUCCCGUUCUUGGACAUCGAGUUACAUGUCUAUGAUCUGGGAAUGGAAUACCGUGACCAGACGGACGACAAAGUAACAUUCGAGUGUGCUGAAGCUAUCAAGAAGUACAACGUCGGUAUCAAAUGUGCAACUAUUACUCCUGAUGAGAACAGAGUGAAAGAAUUCAACCUGAAGCAAAUGUGGAAAUCACCCAACGGUACCAUCCGUAAUAUCCUGGGAGGCACAGUCUUCCGAGAAGCGAUCAUCUGCAAGAACAUUCCACGCUUGGUCACUGGAUGGGAUAAGCCUAUCAUCAUUGGGAGACAUGCUUACGGCGACCAGUAUAAAGCCACUGAUUUCUUGGUCCCUGGUGCAGGCAAAGUAACCAUGAAAUGGACCUCAGCUGCUGGUGACAAAGAGUUAGAGUACACUGUCAACGAUUAUCCUGGUCCUGGAGUUGCGCUAGGUAUGUUUAAUUUAGACUCUUCUAUCGUAGACUUUGCUCACUCAUCUUUCAAAUAUGCUCUCGAUAGAGGAUAUCCUAUGUAUCUCAGUACGAAAAACACUAUCCUGAAAAAGUAUGAUGGUAGGUUCAAGGAUAUAUUCCAAGAAAUUUAUGACAAAGAGUACAAGGGAGCCUAUGAAAAGAAGGGAAUCUGGUAUGAGCACAGAUUGAUCGAUGAUAUGGUUGCGUACGCUAUGAAAUCCGAUGGUGGAUUUGUGUGGGCAUGCAAAAACUAUGAUGGUGAUGUUCAGUCGGACUCUGUUGCUCAAGGGUAUGGAUCCUUAGGUCUUAUGACAUCUGUUCUGGUUUGUCCUGACGGAAAAACUGUUGAGGCUGAGGCUGCGCAUGGAACAGUAACGCGCCAUUAUCGUCAGCAUCAAAAAGGGCAAGAAACAUCCACCAAUCCUAUUGCGUCCAUCUUUGCUUGGACCAAGGGCCUUGAACAUCGUGCCAAGCUGGAUAAUAAUGAAGCACUGAAGAAGUUUGCUCAUGCCCUUGAAGCAGUCUGUAUUGAAACCAUUGAAUCUGGAUUCAUGACUAAAGAUCUUGCCAUUUGCAUUAAAGGCAUGAGCAAUGUCACUCGCAAAGAUUACUUGAAUACGUUUGAAUUCAUGGACAAGUUAGCUGAGAAUCUGCGAGCCAAAUUAGCAGCGUGACUCCCUUUCCCUUCAAAACUAUGAGCCCCAUAACAUUAGUCAAGUUGUGAUGAAAGAACUGUAUCCCUCUUGCUUCUGUAAAUUUGUCUUUUUUUAAAAAAAAUUUUCAACUUGCUCUAAAAUUUUGAUUUCAACCCGUAUCUACUCUACCGUACAAGCAGUAUUUUUAAGUUUAGCUCAUUACCAAAGUAUUUGAUACCACCUUGGCUCAUUGUUUUCAAAAAUGUAACUCAAAUAUUGAGAACCUCUUUAUUAGAUUCAUCAUAGAUGUCUGAAUCAAAAAUUAAAUUCACCUUUCAUUCGGAAAAAGUUUAGAAUUAAGGGUGCUGAAUGGGUAAGGAAUAUACUUUUUUGGACCGUAAGCGAGCUGUUCAGAUGGGAUCCCUAAUACAUUUUAAAUAUUCAGUAGUCAAUUGCUAGUGAACCAACCACAAUUAGAGUACAUGAUUCUGAAUUAAAAAAGAAUCUUUUUUAUCAACAACAAGGAAAUCAUUUGAAAUUUCGGUUCUUGAGUAGGUAUUUUAAUGAACAUUCAAUAGAAGACUGACAGUACUAGGAAUACAUUUUAGAAUUACUAUUUUAAUGCUCAUUUUCUUUAGUUCGUAUGACAUAACAUGCAUGAAAAACCCUGGCUUCUAUCAGGAAGUACAUUAUUAGAUAUCAACUUGUUUCUCUUCUUUUUUUUUCAUUCAGGAAUUUGUGAUUGUGGGGAACUUUAUUAUAAUGUCCCGUCUUUCAUUUUUUUCUAAAUUUGCACAUUGAUACCUACAACAAUCCUACCAGAAACAGCAUUUUAUUUUACUUUUUUUAAUCAUUGACACAGUUUUCACUGUUGUCAUUCCACAGUUUUCUAUUGUUUUGAGAAGAGGAGAAUACUGGAAACCAAAAGUGGCAAAUCUGGAAUGAGUCAUUGUCAUAAUUGUCUUCCUGAAUAUCUGAUUUAUGUAUUUAGGAAUUUGAAAUGGUCCUAGAACCUUAAGUCCUGACUUUUUCUACAUUGUCAGUUCGAGACAUCUGUAAGUGUCUAUCCGCCAUUGUUGAUUAUCCAUUUUAUAUUAUUUUAUAAGUUUUACAUUUUUUAUGGUUGUGUAAUUAAUAUCUUUUAUUUUUUCAAUUCAAGCAAGCUCUUGCAUUGGUAUUUUAAUUAUUAUUGCAUAUUGCACUGAGCUGUGGCAUUGCUUUUUCUUUGUGAAUCAAAAUUAACUUUUUUUUUACUCAAUAUGAAUAAAAAUUAAGUUCCACUACAUA